AUGACACUCCAACUCAUUCCUAAUGGUGAUCUCGUUUUUAAAGGCCCAUUUAAUACUGUAUCAAUGACAUCACUUAAAUUGCAAAAUAGUGGCAAUGAACGACUUGCUUACAAAAUAAAAACAACAGCACCAAAACGAUAUUGUGUGAAACCAAACAGUGGUUUCCUUGAGUCGCAUGGUUCAGCAAGUAUUCAAGUUAUGUUACAACCACAAGCAGCAGGUCAAGAUGAUGAUCGUACGAAACAUAAAUUUAUGGUGCAAUGGGCUGAUGUACCAAGUACUUAUUCGGAAGACGUCGAAAACUUUUGGAAACAAGACUUGUCAAAAUGUAAUGUACACGAUUCUAAAUUGAAAUGUAUCUUUGCAGAAGAGCCAGCAGCUGCUGUUGUACCAAACGAUUCAUUUGGAUCGAAGGAUUCCGAUACAAUAUCUACACGUACUACUCAAUCAACAAAUGCUAGCGAACCUCGUAACCAACAACAAACUAAUAAAACUGAACUAAUAACAUCUACUAAUUUGAAUCAACGAUCAAUGAUGAAUGCUUCACGAAAUACAAAUCCGAUUCAAACUCAAACUCAAGAUUGUCAGCAGGAUCUUGGCGACGAUUCAAAUAAAGCACGCCUCAAACAAGAAGUUGAUCGUUUGAAAGACGAAAAUGAAAGCUUAAAAGAACAACUUAAAAAACAAGAACUACGCCAGAGAGCUCCAGGUAGUGAUCGUGUCGAUAAUCCAGUCGUCGAUCGAUUUAAAACCCGUCAACAACAAAAAGGUCCCGUUCUUUUUGGUGUUGCUGUUACUGAACAACUUGUUCUUGUGGCUUUUGUUAUUGCAUUACUAUUUGGAUUUUCACUCGGUUAUUUUCUUUUUUCCUGUGGCAACUAG